AUGUCCUUAGAAGACAUGGCUUUUGGAUCCAAGGUGUUGGGAACAGGAUCAGGCGGCAAUGCCCAGGGACAGAUGUGCCGACUCAACACUGGUCGGUUUACUUAUAUCUCAGCGCUCUUCGUCUGUAAAGUCAGAUUGAGUCCAAGAGCAUUGUCCCAGCCUUCCGUCAACUACCCCCAAGAUGGGAACGAUGCUGAUCAGCCUCUAUCCAGGAGUGCCCGUGGUGCUUACGGAAUACAGAAACUAAUUAUCAAGCCCCUUCGACCUACUAUACGUGGCUGUGGGUUCACCAAGUUUGCAGCAAGUCUUGCGCCGCUCUCGCUGGCUUUGUUGGUAAACCGUAUUGUUACAGGGCUGUCGUCAAGUUUUUUCCAUGCUAGUAUCACAAAGGCCUCUACGUCUGGACACUUUAGCAGGCACAAUGCCAUAAUACUUUACUCUACCCACCCCAAAGCUGGGUUGGAGGGCUCGGUUCGCACUGAGUACAGGAACCAUCUUCAUUCUCGAGAAGACCUCCCAGCCAAGAUCAAGUUGGGCUACAAAAUCAGCGAACCAAUUGCAGUCUACAAUCCUGCUCCUAUAUACUUACGUCCCCGCUGUGUUCACCGCAUGAAGCCUCCUCUGGUGAUCAGCCGUGAUAUACUGGGACUAGGAUCGCGUGGCUUGUCUAGAGAAGACCGGAUAGAAGCCAUCGAGUACAAUUUGCCUUGCGGGCCCCUGGAGCUUCUCAAGCUUCUCGGAAAUGAUGUCUUCUUCAUCAGCCUGAAUCAUUGA